UGUUAAAAGGAUGGGUUGACGAUCAGUCGGUAAGAGAAGUGAAGUGUUGGAUUCAUCAUAUUCAUCAUUGUACAUUGUCCUUGUCCAGCUUGCGAGAACGGUGUAGACCUGAGCUGAGUUAGGGCAACUCCUCCGAAUCAGUACAGUACAGGAGUACACGAUGGGCCUGGGAGAGAACACACAUAUCCACCUCCCGUCUGGCAUUUCGGUCCUCCCGACUCCGUUCAGUCUUUCUCCAACCUUCGGCCUCCUUGUUCUUCUUGUCCUUCCUCUCGUCUUCUCUGCCAUCCAUCGUGGGCUGCUGAUCUGGAAACGCAUGCCUUCGGUGGUCUAUGAACUGACGAUGUGGUUCACCUCGUAGUCUUUUCCAGGCAGAAACGAACGGAUCGGAAGUGGAUGCCGGCUUGGCAGGAGGUGGGG